AUGAAAGUUCGAUCUGGAGAACAGCAUUAGUAGAAUAAUAAGUAGCGAGCUCUUGUUGCUCAGGAAUAUGGUUUUAAUUACCCCCAAGGAUCCAGCAAACAAGCAGUUCAUUAAUAGCCUUAGAUUUAGAGCAGCUAAAGUUCUACUAAGAUUCUCUCUAGUCGUCUAGUUUAGCAGAGAAAGCAAGACAUUUUUAACACAAACAUCAGAAAUCCCAUCGCUAACAACAAUAACAAGCCAAUUACAAAAGGCAAGCAUGAGCCAGUCCUAAACCCAAAUACUUAUGGAUAGAUGAGCAAGAUUAGUCAAUAUGCAUAGAUGGCUGCAUAAGGUGAUAAGACAAAUCGACCUAAUAGCGCUACUGCACUAAUAACAGAUUAGUAGAAGUAAACACCUGGAGCUAAUAGUUUAAAUGGAAGUUCAAAUAACAAUAAUAACAACUAUAGCGCCAGCCAGUCACCGAAUCCACAUCCUCCCCAUUAGCACUAGAAUCAUUCUGCCAAUACGAGAUAUGAUCAUCACGCAGACAAUAGUGGCCAUCGUGGCAAGUCUAUCAUUAGUAAUAACAGUAACACAUCAAAUAAUUCCCAAAGAUAGAAGGUGCGUAUACGCAUCCCAAAUAAACAUAAGGAUUAGCAAUAGGGAGUGCAAAUCAUAUCAAAUGUUAUCAUUAAUGAAGUCAUCAUUAAUGAUAGUCUCUAGCAGACCUUUAUUAAUCAAUUGACUCACAAGAAACUGGACAGUAAUUUAAUGAAUGAUUUAACUUAAACUGCUUCUACUCAGGAGUUGAUUAAGUAAAGCAGUAGUAAAAAAAUUAUUAAUUAAAAAGCUGCUUAACCUUUAAAAAAGACUAUACUACCAAAAAGGAACCCCAAGCCAAUUAAAAUAGACCUAGGCGACAGUCCAGACCCUAAGUUGAUUCAUUAAAAAAUACAGGCAGCUAUUUCUAAUUCAGCAUCUAAUGUUUCAUUAACGAAUCAAAGAGGUAGCACCAAAAAUUUGAAGAAGAUACCGAGCAAGCCCUCUUAUAAGAUUGACUCAGACGGUGGCGAGGAAGAUUAAGUAGAUAAUCAGCUUAGGAUUAUAUCACAGUAAAGCAGUCAAACACAGUUCCAGAAAUAUGAGGAAAAGUGCCAGCUUAUGUAAAACUAAAGCAAGAAAAAUUUACUCAAGAGUGAGAGUAAGAAAAAUGUGCAGUAAUAAGAAGUGGUUGACGUCAGAGGGCCAGGACUUGAAUUAGAAGAUCUUAAAUGUGAUAUCGCCUUGGUACAAAGAGGAGAUUCAAGAAGAUUUGAGCAUCCUGUAUAGCAAGUGGAAGUUUAGCAGAUUAGUAAUGAGUACAGCUUAAUAUAAACUAUUGGUGCUGCCAAAAAGAACACACUUUUCUCUUAAAGUGCCUUAGUAACUGAGCCAACCAAUAAUAAGCUAUGCACAAUACUGACAGACAAUCAGCUUCAAUUAGAAUCACCUUAUCAGAUAAUGGCAACUACUCCACAGGGCUAGACAUCAUCUUAAAAGAAGGUCUUGGUUAAGCGUUUCAAAUAUAAAAACUUGACUGAGAGCCAAACUCCAUCAAAUAAGUCUUUCAUUACAGAGCAUAGAUUCAGUGCAGGCUAAGGUUUUAAGUAAACUUUGAAUGUCAACGGAACUAGCAAAGUUAAUAACACUCCCAAGUCUUAGAAUGCAAGUUUAUGCACAGUGGCCUAGAUAGAUCAUUUGGUAUAACAGGAGCAAUUGGCACCAAGAGAGAUUAGUCAAGUAAUUAAGACUCAAAGAGCAGACAAUGCUGAAAACCAUAAAAUAGUGAAUAACAAAAGUGGGAAAAGUAGCAAUGAAAAGAACAAGCAAAGAACAACCACACCAAAUAAACUACAUUCAGGAUCAACUAGCAUUCAGAAUAAUAUGAAUGAGAUUCACUAAAGAAUAAAAGAAGUGAAGCAUAAAUUGAUGUCAAAGACUUCAAUAAUUCGGAUUGAAGAGAAGCCAGUGCGUACCUAGAUAGUCAAGCGCUCAUUCGUAAAGCAAUAGACUGUCACCUCUCCUAGGGAAAAAUAUGAAUAAGAUCUGAAUGAUGAUAUCUUAGAUGACGACCGCAGUUAUAAAAGUAACUGCAACAAUAUCUAUGAGAAUAGUAAUGAGGGAGAUGAAGAUGAUGAAGCCAGUUAUGAUAACUGCACCAUCAUUGAGUAGGAGGAAAAGCUAGCUGCCUCAUUAGCCACUAUCAAAGGUGUAGUCUACAAGAAAAUAGAGAAUCCUAGGAAGGCAAAGAGCAUCAAGGGAGGAUACAAAAAGCGAUUCGGAAUAGUUAGGAACAAGAAGUUCAAGUACUAUAGAGACAGAGAGAUGCGAGACCUGGCAGGAGUCUUUGAUUUUGACAGAAUCCAAUGUGUAGUAAUGAUAGAUGAUGGCUCUAACAGAAAUGAGUCAGAAAACGAAUCACCUACCAACAAAAUUGAUAAAAACAAGUACUACGAGCCUCGUAAGUUUAGGAUUGAAGUCAUGGGAAGCAAUAAGUAAUUCUUGUUUAUGGUCCAAAGCAGUGUGGCUUUGAGACAAUGGACCCAGGCACUCUACGCAAACUGGCAUGCAAGCAGAAGUUUCACUAUAACAAAUCAACCUAAACUGUUUGGUUAAAAAUUCUGGAAGUCUGAUGUAAUAACACUUCAAGAUUUCAGAAAACUAGCUGACACAGGUGAUAUUAUGCUGUUCACCGGCUCAUCUUUUGUAACCAGAGUUCAAAGAGCCCUAACAAUGAGUGACUAUGAUCAUGUAGCUAUGCUACUCCGCUACAGCAAUGGGAAACUAGUCAUGUUCGAGUCAACUGGCUAAACAGGAGUUGCUGUAUUAGACUGGGACUUGUUCCUUAAAAAUGGCUGGAACAAACUUUAUACUAAGCUUUGCUUUAGAAAAUUGAGACAUAAUCGUACACUUGAAAACAUGCAGAAACUGGAGCAGUUCAUAAGGACUGUGAUUGGCAUGAAGUAUCGCCUGAACCCAGCAAAGAUAUUCAGAAAGAAGUAUCAAUAGGAUUCUGAGAACAUAACAGACGACAAGAGUUACUUCUGCUCUGAGUUAGUUGCCAGUGCCUAUAAAUGUCUUGGCUUACUACCGAAGGAAAUCUCAGCAAGUCAGUAUUGGCCGGGUAAUUUCAGUACUAAAAGUGGGCUUUAGCUCCUUGGUGACUCUAUGCUCGAGGAUGAACAGACUAUUCUCUUUGAUGAAAACGAGCAGUGA